AUGAGCGGCCUCAGUGUUCGCGCUGCCCUGUCUACCCCACCAUUCUCUACCUUUUGUGAGUUUAAGGUAGAUGAGCCACCGAGGCGUGGUCAACUGGCAGCUCUCUGUGGCGGGAACCGCGCCAACAACACCGGCGAUGGAAUCUCACAGCUUCCAGCUGUCGAACCAUACGGACGGUCAGCGGCAGGUGUUGUUGUGGAGCCGGCUCAUUUGCGUACACCUACUGCACUCGAAAAAAGCAUGCACUUUCUUGUACAACACUACCUGCGGAAGCCACACGGUUCAGCGGUGUUUCUGGCUCCCUUUGACGUGUGGCGGUAUCUGUGGGACCGCAUGCGGCAAGUUCGUACCAAUUGGGUGCCUCAGUUACCACCUGUAGGAGCAGAACUGCGGGACGAUGGGUGUGGGGAGCGUAUUGAGGGGAAUGUCAACGAAGGGGGAGAUUUACGUGGAGGAAUAUUGCAACAGCAGUGUGAGACGAUAACGACGAAGCAGAUGGUUAGGAGGGAGUCGCGUCGGCGCCUGCGUUGGUUGGAGUUUACUGUAGCAGCACUCUCUGUGGGAGGGGCAAACUUGUGCCGUAGUGUUGAGGGAUGUAGACACUUUGUGCAGGAAAAGCAGAAUUUUUUCGAGUCUAUUGCCCAGUGCUUUAGUGAUUUGGUGGUGUCGUAUCGAGCGGAGCAACGGUUGAGAAACUCAGAAAUGUUCUCUGCUGUUAUUCUUUUCUACGGUCUUUCCCAGCUGACGAAAAUUGAAAAUCGUGCAGGAUUUUUUCGGGUCUCACAGGUGACGGUUAGUUCCGUUUCUGGAGGCACCACAGUUGCGGCACCGACCUCCGUAUUUGAACCACCAAGCAGCAGUGUAGACUUCGGUAGUGUUUAUAGGGAGCUUAGCUAUAUUCCCUGCAUGGCACGCAGCCGUCACGUGCGCAUUGCGCUCAAAAUUAUCCACUGCUGGUGUCAACGUGAGUGGUUUCGCUUCUUCUACCUUUGUAGAACUGCUCGACUAACAGUCCUGCAACGUGCGAUUCUUUCCCACUCCUUUAGCUACGCGCGCUUCCGCGCUGUUGUGGACCUUGUCACAGCUAACGUAGUGGUGUACGGAAAAGGUCGAGUACGGGGCUCCAUGGCUGUAAGUGAACUGGCAGAGCUGUUGCUUUUUACUCCAAAGCAUUGCGUGGAAUUGCUGCUGACGAUGGGCCUGGGCCCACAACUAAGUGAGGACCGUACUGUACUACGUCUGUCACAGCAGGAUUCCUCGCCGUAUACCACGCAAGAGCAAAUUUUUCGUCACUUAGAAGAAACCGGUGGUAAGCCACGUCUGUGCCUACCGACACUUUCCUCCUUCGUCGGCUUUACGGUCUGGCAACGUGCUUUCGAGUUGUUUCCAAGUGCGUUCGACGGCGAUGCGGCGGGAACCGUGUCAGGAGCAUCGUCACCACCCGUAACGGAUCUCGAAAAUAUGCGUUGCCCCGUGAAUCUUAUGCAACUGUUGGAGCCUUACUGUCCGCCCUACAACGAGGAUGUAGCGGCGCUUGAAUUGUUGGACGCAGGAAGUGAAUGGUUUGAUGGUAUACAGGCCUCUCGGGAGCGCAUGUUGGCGUGGUGUGUUAACAAUGCUUCACGUGCGGAAGUGAAGCGUGAGGGAAUGGAGACAGAAGCUCAGGAUGAUUCCCGUUGGGGUGGAAACGCUACUAUGGGUUGUGAAUACGAUGGUGUUUCUGGAAGCAUGAAGGGUGAUGAAUUGGGUGAAGAGCUCCGGGAGGUUGUGGCGGAGAUGGACAGGGAAAGCGUUUCCACGCGUAGCUCCGUAUUUGACGACGAUGAUGAAACUGAGCUGACGCACAACGAGACAGGCUUCGGCCUGCAUGCUGAGGAAGUGUGUGGCGAGGAGGAUGUGCUGAACAAUGAAAGCGAUUAUGGAGAGGAGGACGAGGCUCUGCGUGAAGCGAAUAUACUGAUCAAUUCGCUUCAAAACUCCUCGAUAUACCAGUUGGCAAGCAGCAAUAUGCAGAAAGAGACAACUAAGGAGUUACCAGAUACGGCAGCCGCUACCGACCCUAUCAAAGGAGCUGAUGAGGCACAUGCUGCCGCACAGGGAUCUUCACAGAGGAAUAACGAGGACGAGAAGCAGGAGCAGCAGAAGCUCGAUGAAAAUGCCUCAGAGCUGGUGUUGUACAAACCAUCAAGUGGAGCUGAAACAGCGGUGACUCCACUGCCGAGUGAUCAUCCAGGUGUGAUGUCACCGACUCUGCACGCAACUGUUGAAGCACCCGAGAGCGAGAGCAGUCGAUCAACAGAGAAUUCCGAGGUUGAGAUUGUGGCCGUCGCCGAGAGACCCCAGCAGGCGAACAAAAAGGAAUGUGAAAGUGGAGAGCGCAACGAAACGCUGGCUCAAGACCAGAGCAACAGAAGCAUGCUGUUCGGUUCACAGAGUGCGGUUCCUGCUUUCUUUGGUGUGUCAAAGUUUCCCCCGAUAUCGUUUGGAAAUUUGCAUAGUGGGUUCCCCGGUUCACCUACACAACAAAAGGCGAACGUUGAGGAAAACGUGCAGGGAAAGGGAGAUUCGGCACUAAAACGUUCGCGUUCAGAAGAAAUCGACAACAACGCUACCAUCCCAGGUUCCUAUCUAAGUCGGCAACAAGUAGAUACCGUUCUAGACACUACCACGUCAUCUGUGGACGACAGGAUUAUGCUUCUGCCGUCUGAGGUGGAAGAGGAGAGUGAACAAAGAACAUUGAAAGCUGAAGUGCAACAAAAGGAGGACGCCCCGAGGCAACGAAUGCGCGCUGAGCGAGGCAAAGUGGACACAGACACAAGUGAGCGGAGCGUGCCAACCACCUCCCACUGCGCAACUUCCUCAGAUGUUGACCCCGCUCCGAGACUACCGGAAGCAGGUGGCCCCAGUUUGGUGUCUUAUAAAGACGUCAUAAAGGCGUGUGUAGACGAAAUGAAAGGCAAGGAGCAACGGUGGCCCCGGAUGUCUGAGGCGGACGUGUCCCUUCUCCCGCGUGCACCUUCCAAACCUUCACGUGAACAGUCGCUUCAGGUACAUUCCCCGCUACCCUUUUGUUUUUCCACUGGAGCUGAGUACUCUGCUGUGGCGUUGUUACUGCAGGAGUUACCACAGUGGGUGGAUACUUUUACGAGCUACCUAGUCAGUUUCUACUCUGCCUCCUACAGCGAUGUUACGGCUUGCCGGCACCUUACUGACAUCAUUUGUCGUGGAUCCCGCUCACAGGAAAUCACAGGUUGGAUGUGCCGAGGUUUCACACCAUCAAUGAUUCCGUACAGUGAGACAGGUGAAGAUUCGUUGUUAAAUUUUAAUGAGGAACUCAGCCACGAUGAAAGUACAAAUGCACCGACACGGGAGACGCCCAUACUCCGUCUCACAUCGAAAAUAAUCGUUUUUGGAAGUGAUCUGCGAGAACACGACGACCGUGACGAGCACACCGGUACGGAUGGGGCAUCUUUGUUUGCAUCCUCCGGUCUCAGUGGAGGUGCUGGGAGCCGUUUCGUAUCGAGUCAGCUGUCCGACAGACAGCAUCCGUCUUUAGGGCAUUGGAUCGCUGCCCUGAUGCUUCCGCCUGCGGAGCGGGCAAGAGUUCUAAGGGAAGGUAUUCUCUACCACUCAAAAACGCCUCAGUCAACAGAUAUGGAUGCAUGUUUCGAUGAGGGUGGUGGAUCCGCUGCCGAGUUGGGGAAAAGCAGGGACAGUGACCACAUUGGUAUAUGGGAGCAAAUGCACGUUCUACGGGCCGCUGAUGCAAAAACAACACCGGCAGCGUGGAGACUUCUUUCAACUGCCGCUGCCGCAUGGCGGCGACCCCUCCCUAGCGGGUCAACCAAGAUGCUUCUUCAAACACAGAUUGCGUUGCACGCUGUGGAUUUCCGCGAUGUUCCGCGACUGCGGUGGACUCAAGACACCCAAACAUCUUCGCCGGCAGCAUGCAAGGUAGCGGCGUGUGAAUGCCAACGAGAGCAUCCCACGGUGAUCAUCGCACUCGAUACAACCCGGCACAAGGAGUUUGCAGCAGGUAUGGAAGUGCUGCGGUCGCUCAUUUCUCAGUCAGUGGAACAGCGGGCUGUCCUACUUGCGGGUGUCAUCGUUGUACUCUACACGGAAUCUGUUCAGGAAGACGAAGAAAAGAAAAAGACUGUGGAAGAAUUCUUCUGGUCCACAUGGGAGCGAUGCAGCAAGGUAGCCGAAGAGUCGGAACUACAAGCAGCCGCAACUCUAUAUGAUGAUAAGAUGCCUCCAUGGCGUGCCAUGUAUCAAAACACCAUACGUCGUGCCGUGGUGAAGGCGCGGUCCCAAGCCCAGAUGUGUAGCGGCUCAUCACCGGAUGGUUCUUUCUUGUCGGCUACAUCGCUACCAAGUAGUAUCGAAAGCGGUGAUGGAGUUGACUCAAAUAUGAAGCGUAGCCUUCCUUACCGAAUUCAGAAGCUUAUUAAAUCGCGGAGGGUGAUGCCAUCGGGUGCACCACCAGACCCUACUCUACUCGUAGUUCCUAUCCAUUCUCUUAUGGACAAAAAUACAAGAGCAUUCCGCAGUCAAUAUGGCAAUGGUGGUUUCACCGCAUUUGGUGUCAUAGCACUGAAGGAAAUGCUGAACUCCUCUGUCCAUUCGCUUCUACAAGACUACGAAGUGAGGUGCCGUGAUUUUUUGCGGAAAAAUAAGUUUGAUGCGUGGUAA